GCCGACAAAGGCCGCUCGUCGCCCGGCCGACCGGGGACGACCAAACCGGACAGAGGUGAUGGCGGCGACGCUAACUGCUGAGAUGGUGUCCAAACCUGUGCACGGCCUGCCCUUUCUCCCGGGCAUGUCCUUUACGGACUCCACGAAAACAGCAUUUCAUAGAAGCCAGACGUUGGGCUACAGGAACCGCUAUGCGAUUGUUAGACGUCCAACAGUUGGCCGGCUCCAGAUCAACCAGCUGUCCCAAGCUGAUGUGGAUGAGUUGGCCAAUAAGGCACCAGUUCUAACUUAUGGCCAACCUAAGCAGGCCCCACCUGCCAGUUUUAUUCCUGCACAUGUGGCUUUUGACAAAAAGGUCCUGAAAUUUGAUGCCUACUUCCAGGAAGUUGUUCCCAUGUCAAAUGAAGAGCAUUGCAGGAUCCAUCACGUGAACAUUUACUACUACCUAGAAGAUGACAAGUCUAUCAUACAGCCUGUUGUGGAAAACUCUGGGAUUCCUCAAGGCAAGUUAAUCAAACGUCAGCGGCUACCCAAGAAUUACCAGGAAGACCAUUACCACUGGAAAGACCUAAACCGAGGAAUAGACAUUACGAUUUAUGGCAAAACUUUCCACAUUGUUGACUGUGACUGAUUCACACGGGUGUUUUUGGAAAGCCAAGGGAUUGAAUUAAAUCCACCAGAGAAGAUGGCUCUCGAUCCUUACAUUGAACUCCGGAAACAGCCUCUCCAUAAAUAUGUCACUCCAUCAGACUUUAAUCAACUCAAGCAGUUUCUCACCUUUGACAAACAAGUUCUUCGAUUCUAUGCAAUCUGGGAUGAUACAGACAGCAUGUUUGGGGAAUGUCGGACCUAUGUCAUUCGUUACUAUCUUAUGGAUGAUACAGUGGAAAUUCAAGAAGUCCAUGAACGAAAUAAUGGGAGAGAUCCCGUCCCACUCCUGAUGAACCGCUAGCAUAUACCUAAGGUUUUCGUGGAGAAUGCAAAGAACUUCCCUCAGUGUGUGCUGGAAAUCUCUGAUCAAGAGGUGUUGGAAUGGUACACCGCCAAAGACUUCAUUGUUGGGAAACCAGUCACUCUCCUUGGGAGAACUUUUUUCAUUUAUGAUUGUGACCCAUUUACUCGACAGUGUUACAAAGAAAAGUUUGGAAUCUCCGAUUUACCACGCAUUGACAUGAGCAAGAAGGAACCACCUCCUGUAAAACAGGAAUUGCCUCCCUAUAACAGUUAUGGAUUAGUUGAAGACUCUGCUCAAAAUUGCUUUGCUCUCAUUCCAAAACCUCCAAAAAGAGAUGUUCUUAAAAUGCUGAUGAAUGAUAACAAGGUCCUUCAUUAUAUGGCUGCCCUGGAAUCCCCCAUCCCAGAAGACAAAGACCGCCGAUUUGUCUUCUCUUAUUUUGUAGCCACUGACAUGGUAAGUAUCUUUGAGGCUCCUGUUCGCAAUUCUGGUAUCAUUGGGGGCAAGUACCUUGGCAGAACCAAAGUUGUUAAACCAUACUCUUCUGUGGAAAACCCUGUCUACUAUGGCCCUAGUGACUUCUUCAUUGGUGCUGUGAUUGAGGUGUUUGGCCACUGCUUCAUCAUCCUUGAUGCAGACGACUAUGUUGUGAAGUACAUGGAGAGCAAUACUGCUCAGUUUUCACCAGAAGCACUCUUGUCAAUUCAGAACCAUAUUCAUAAGCGAGAAACUCCUGCACCAGAUUUAGAAAGCAAUCAAACUGAAGAGGAUCCAGGCGUGCAAGAACUGGAAGCAUUAAUAGAUACAAUCCAGAAGCAACUGAAAGAUCAUCCAUGCACAGACAACAUUCGCGAAGCAUUUCAAGUACAUGACAAGGAAGCAUCGGGAUAUGUGGACAAAGAGACAUUUUUUAAAAUCUGUGACUCUCUUAACCUCCCAGCUGAUGAUUCCCUGAUUAAGGAGCUGAUCAGGAUGUGCUCUCAUGGAGAAGACAAGAUCGACUACUAUAACUUCAUCCGUGCAUUCUCAAACUGAUCUAGCUGAUGAGAGAAUGCAAUACAAUUUUUUGAGGUUGGACCUACACUUUGAAAUAUCUUGUACUCUUUGCAAAGGCAUUUACCAAGCUCUUGAAAUUAAAAAAAAAAAAAAGACAAAGCAGAAAAAAUGUGCCUUAUUUUGGUAAUCAUGUUGCUAUAGCAACAACAUAGUGAUACACAGAAGAGCUUUCAAAGUUAUACUGGUAAUAAA